AUGGCAGAUAUAAGCUUGGAAGAGCAAGAGCAAUUGAAUUCUACUGAAAUUGAAUGCGAAUUAGACGAAAUAGAUAUUGUUAGCGACCCAAUAGAGCACGAAAUUUCGGAAAGCCAACGGGAGCCUUCGCCAGACAGUCACAGAAACGAUACACGAUCUGAUGGGAAAUGCAAGCAAGUUAGAACUUCUGCUACUGGUGAUAAGAAAGAAGGUCGUCUUUCAAAUGCGGUAGUGGAUUCUGGUCUUUUCGAAGACCAUGAAAAGCUGGUUGAAGAUGAGACGGAAUUUCCAAGUAACAAAUAUUCUUUACAAAAAGUGCAAUUCACGAGCGUGGAUGAAGGAGUGCCUGAUGAAAAUGAUGUGUACAAGAGAUUUUAUUUCGAGUCUGAUCAUCUGGCAUUGAAAGAUAAUGCUGA